UUUAAACAUGGUGACAUUCUUGUUUGUAUCAUGCGUUCAAACCACAAGUACUUGAAAGAUAAAGUGAAAAGAAGCAAGGUUAAAAGAAAAAUACAAAUAUAAUAAAGUAAAAAUGGUUAUUCGAGUUUUAGAGCUAUUUAGUGGUAUUGGAGGGAUGCACUGCAGUUUGAAUGCCACAGGUAUAUCUUUUAAAAUUGAAGCUGCAGUAGACAUUAAUACAACAGCUAACCAGGUUUAUAUGCAUAACUUUCCAGACACAACACUCCUGCAGAGAAACAUUCUUUCUCUUUCAAGCAAAGAAAUAGAUAACUUGAAGCCUGAUCUUAUAACAAUGAGUCCCCCUUGUCAGCCAUUCACAAGACAAGGUUUAAAACAAGAUUGUGAGGAUGUUCGAACACAACCCCUUCUUCACAUCUUGCAAGUGAUUUCAGAUCUUGAAUAUAAGCCAUAUUACAUUUUCCUGGAGAAUGUGAAGGGCUUUGAGACAUCGAGAGCAAAAGAAAAGUUAGUCAGCACACUUCAGAGCUGUGGAUAUAAAUUUAAAGAAUUUUUACUUACUCCUACUCAGUUUGGAAUUCCUAACUCUAGGCUGAGAUACUAUCUUCUUGCCAAAUUUAGGUUUGGGACAUCAUGCGUUAAUAUGACUCAAGAGCUAACAACUUCCUUACGUUGUGAGAUAAAGAAAGAAGACAUGCUGUUUUUCAAGAAUUCUGGAUUAGAUAGUGAAAUAGACAGUAGCAACACAGCUGAGGGUGUUGUUUGUAGAGGAGGGAAUACCACUGAUGAUGAGAAAACCCCUCUCUCAUUCUACUUAGAAAAUAAACCUGAUUUAUACUUUCAAGACUAUCUUUUGCCUGACAAAGUUCUUUUGAAAUUUCCCAUGAUUUUGGAUAUUGUGGAUAGAAGGUCACUGCAGUCAUGCUGUUUUACCAAAGGAUACGGACAUUAUGUACAAGGAACAGGCUCAGUUAUCCAUGCUGUCUCACAUGAUAAAUUUAUAGAGGUGUACAAAACUGUGUCUUUACUAAACAAGGAGCAUCCACAGACAGUAGAACUUCUUAAGCAGCUGAAACUGAGAUACUUUACACCAAGAGAAGUGGCUAACUUACUUCAUUUUCCUUCCAUGUUCAGUUUUCCAAGUCACUUGAAGAAAAAACAACUCUAUCAAAUUCUAGGUAACAGUAUUAAUGUUUAUGUUGUUUGUGAGCUCCUUAAGUUGUUGCUGCAGUAAAUGUUGCUUCAGAAAUUAUUUAAUUUUGCAUUUACAUAUGCACAUACUUACAAGAUUAGCUUGGGCUGUAAAUAGUUUUUGAUCUGUCUAUUUGUGGUUAUUCAAUGAGUAAAAAUGUGAAACUGUUAGUUGUCUAUUUCACACCAUACCUGUCUUUUGACACACAAGUCACAUGAUGAAAAACAUUGAAGAUGGAUUAUAUAAACAAUUUGGAGAGGGUUUUAUUUCAUAACUUUAAAGGGAAAAAUACUUUACUGUAUUUGUCAACAAUUUGGACAAAAAAUAUAUACUGUAGUUUUCAAUGUGUUUGUUAAACAGGUGGCAUUAACUUCAUGUUAGAUGUAUACAACUAUUUUUAUUAUGUUUUAAAAUUGUGUAAGUAAAUACAGUAUUUUAUAUGUGUGCUCUUUUGAAUUGUUUUUUACUCACCACAGUAAACCUGCAUUAUAUAGGCUUUGAAGAAUAUGUAGUAAUGAUGCUACUAAUUUAUUCUUCUGAAUUUAUUCAAUGAAUAAUAAGUGAUGAAUGAAAUGAUAAAUUGGGCUUCAUAUUUAUUGUUAGUAUGCUAAAUACAAUAUUUAUUUCACUUCAGUACUUCCUAAAAUGAAAAACCACUUUCAGUAGUUUCACUACUAUUAUAUGUUUAAAGUGAUAUUCCUUCAUUUUUUUUUAUAAUUAUCUUAAUAUUUUACUACUUUUUAAUCUUUGAUUUAGUUGAGCUGUGUCUUGUUUUUGUUUAUGCAUGAUCCCAGCUCACACACUGUUAGAUUUAAUUUUAGCAUUACUCUCAUAGUGAGACAAAAUGAUGGGCAUUAGGUAGUGCUAAAGUCUUUGACACUGUAACUAUGGUCAUAUAUAAAUCAGUCUGUCUGUUUAUAUAAGUUAAACUUGGAGUUUUAGAUUGCAUAUUACUUGAAACUUGGUUAAGGCUUAUACAUUUUAUGAUAAUUUUUUUAAGUUUUUUUUUUUUUUCGUCUUCUUUUUUUUUUUUUUUUACAACUUUUUGUGUCAAGGUUACAUUAUGAGUUAGAAGAUUGAAAAUCAAUUGUAUUGUUUGUUAAAGUCUGGGCCCUGCAUUUUGGAAUUAUAAAUAUAUGCUGUUGAACUCAUACAAGACUUAAUAAAUACUCUGUUUCUUUUUUAA